AUGUAUUUAUCUUUCUGUCUGUUCAUAUUUAUCCAAACAACUUUGUCUAUCUAUCUAUCUAUCUAUUCAUGGCUGUCCAUAUUUAUCUAUGUAUCUAUCUUUCUCAGUUUCUAUCUCAUUCUGUUCAUAUCUAUUUCAGAAUAUCCAUUCAUAUCUAUCUAUCUAUCUAUCUGUCACAAAUAUACAUUUCUAUCUAUCUAUCUAUCUAUCUAUCUAUCUAUCUAUCUAUCUUAUCACAAUCUAUUCAUAUAUAAAUUCCAUUAUGUUUAUAUCAAUCUAUCUAUUCCAGUCUAUUCAUGUGUAUCUAUCUUUCUCAAUCUGUUCAUAUCUAUCUAUUUCAGAAUAUCCAUUCUAUUCAUCUAUUUAUCAUCUAUUUCAUUUUGUUCAUAUCUAUCUAUCUAUCUAUAUAUCUAUCUCUGUAUGUUCAUAUCUAUCUAUCUAUCUAUGUAUAUAUCUAUCUAUCUAUCUAUCUCUGUAUGUUUAUAUCUAUCUAUCUCUGUCUGUGCAUAUCUAUCUAUCUAUCUCACUUGGUUCAUAAUCUAUCUAUCUAUCUCUCUAUCUAUCUAUUUAUCUAUCUAUCUCUGUUCAUAUUUGUCUAUCUAUCUAUCUAUCUAUCUAUCUAUCUAUCUAUCUAUCUAUCUAUCUCUGUAUGUUCAUAUCUAUCUAUCUAUGUAUAUAUCUAUCUAUCUAUCUCUGUAUGUUUAUAUCUAUCUAUCUAUCUAUCUAUCUAUCUAUCUAUCUCUGUAUGUCUCAUAUUCUAUCUAUCUAUCUAUCUAUCUAUCUCUGUAUGUUCACAUAUCUAUCUAUCUAUCUAUAUAUAUAUAUAUAUAUAUAUAUAUAUAUAUAUAUAUAUAUAUAUAUAUAUGUAUGUAUAUAUAUCUAUCUAUCUCUGUUCAUAUUUGUCUAUCUAUCUAUCUAUCUAACUCUGUUCAUAUUUGUCUAUCUAUCUAUCUAUCUAUCUAUCUAUCUAUCUAUCUAUCUAUCUAUCUAUCUCUGUCUGUUCGUAUCUAUCUAUCUAUCUAUCUAUCUAUCACUCAUUCACUCACUCCAGGAGCCAUAAUUAAUUUCUCAAAUACACUUUAUAAAUACAGAGACAUAAAAUGGAAAAAGAAUCUCUCUCUCUCUCUCUCUCUCUCUCUCUCUCUCUCUCUCUCUCUCUCUCUCUCUCGGCCCUGA